UCCAAAACCAUAAGAAAGAUCAAUCAGAAGGUCUGCUACUGCCAUGGAACAAGCAGCAGCAUGCUACCUCUUCAUGUUCAUGGCGCUCCUCUUCCCUCUCCUGCUCCUCAAUCUCAAGAAGAAACGUGCCGGAAAUGGCGUGAGGCUGCCGCCGGGCCCGUGGCAGCUGCCGGUGAUCGGCAGCCUGCACCACCUCCUCGGCAAGCCGCUCGUCCACCGCGCCCUCGCCGACCUCGCCCGCCGCCUGGACGCGCCGCUCAUGUACCUCCGGCUCGGCGAGGUCCCCGUCGUGGUCGCCACCUCCCCCGACGCCGCCCGCGAGAUCAUGCGCACCCACGACGUCGCCUUCGCCACGCGGCCCUGGAGCACCACCAUGAGGAUCAUGCUCGCCGACGGCUACGGGCUCGGCUUCGCGCCCUACGGCGACCACUGGCGGCAGCUCCGCAAGAUCAGCGUCCUGGAGCUCCUCAGCGCCCGCCGCGUCCAGUCCUUCCGCCGCGUCCGGGAGGAGGAGGCCGCCCGCCUCGUCGCCGCCGUCGCCGCCACCCCGCCGGGCGCCCCGGCGAACCUGACCGAGCUCAUUGCCGCGGCGAUCGCCGACUCGACGGUGCGCGCCCUCAUCGGCGACCGGUUCGGGAGGCGGGAGGAGUUCCUGGAGACGAUCGAGGAGGAGAGCAAGCUCACCUCGGGGUUCAACCUCAGCGACCUGUUCCCGUCGUCGGCGUGGCUCGUCAACUUGCUCACCGGCACGGCGCGGCGAUCGCACGCGAUGCACAAGAAGAGCAUCGAGCUCAUGGAACACGCUAUCAAGCAGCACGAGGAGCUGAGGGCCACCAUGGCGGCCAAGGGCGGAGUGGUGGAGGAGGGCGCUCUCGUGGACGUUCUCUUGAGAAUACAGAAGGAAGGUGGCCUCAAUGUGCCUCUCACCACGGGAACCAUCAAAGCUGCUAUCUUUGAUCUAUACGGCGCGGGGAGCAAGACAUCAGCAAUCACACUCCUUCUUAAUGAAAAAUGUGCCCAGGCACGGUCGCGAAAAAAAAAAUCAGCAAUCACACUCCAAUGGGCCAUGUCAGAGCUCAUCAGAAACCCGAAGGCGAUGAAGAAAGCGCAAGCCGAGGUAAGGAGCAUUCCUAAUGGAAAGCCAAAGGUGACAGAGGAUGAUCUGGGCGAGAUGAAGUACUUGAAGCUUGUCAUCAAGGAGACACUGAGGUUGCAUCCGCCGGCGCCACUUCUUAUCCCAAGGGAGUCCAUGGAGUCAUGCAAGAUCCUAGGGUAUGAUGUGCCGAAAGGCACCACGGUGCUCGUGAACGCAUGGGCGAUCGGCAGGGACCCUAGGUAUUGGGAAGAUGCCGACGAGUUCAAACCAGAGCGGUUUGAAUCCAUUUCGGUUGAUUUUAGGGGCACGGACUUUGAAUACAUACCAUUUGGCGCCGGGCGAAGGAUCUGCCCGGGAAUACAGUUUGCGCAGGCAAACAUGGAGCUCGUGCUCGCUGCCCUGUUGUAUCACUUCGACUGGAAGGUGGCUUCUGGGUUGAAGCCAAGCGAGUUGGACAUGGCGGAGGAGAUGGGCCUGACCAUUCGGAGGAAGAACAGCCUGCUCCUGUAUCCCGUCGUCCGUGUGCCGCCCCAAGCCAUGCCGUAGCUGCUAUACGAGCAUCACGUACUUGCCUUCAAUUGCUCCCGAUUUCCCGAAGUGAACAUGGAUUCCUAUAUAUGCAGCUCUGUCUACAAUUCUAUCUACAGUGUAACAAAUAUGUGUACGCUUUUUUCUAUAGCCUCAUUAGAAAAGGAAAAAAAUAGUAUAUUAUUAUCUUCUCUUUGAUAUGAUCCCAAUUAUGGGGCAUGCAUGUAUGCAAUA